ACGCGUGCAGUUGUCGCGAAACCUUUCGCAAGUAUUUGCGUCCUUCGGUGGUUGUGUGUGGUGUCCCGUGGUGUUGUGCGUUCCCCAUGGUGCGUCCUAUGGAACUUUUUAUUUUCUUACAAUUAUCAUAAGAAAUAUAUUUAAACGAGUUAGAUUUCAAGGUUUUUGUUUUUCAUUGAUAAAAGGUUUACUCUCUCUCACUCUCUCUCUCUCUUUCUCACACACUUUCUUUCAUCAUGUCAAACGAUUUUAUCACGGACAACGCCAUGAAGUGGACUAUUGUUUCGUGAAGAUGGGCGGGCCGAUGGGAAUCCUAGUUAUUUGAGUUCCUCGUGAGGCGUGUUCGUCAGAUGGUUCCGUGUCUUCUUGUGUAACUUCAUGAGAUAGGAAAAUAAUCUGACGUCUUGGAAAGUUUGUCGGUUAUCGUGAUCCACGGGAUGACCCUCCACCUUUGUACGAGCAACGAGAGAAGACAAAUUCUCGUGUAAGAUAUAAUCGCGUGAUAUGUCACGAUUUGGAUACUGAUGUAUAACCGUUAUACAACUUCAAGAUUGUUUUGAUUAUUCGACGAUGAAUCGGGAAAACGAAGUGCAACAACCAGUUUCUCAAACGUUUUGCGGAGCGUUGCAGAAGGAACCAAAUUGCAAGUGUUUAGUACUUUCUGUAUUGAUAUAUGGAUGCCUCGCUGCAGUUACAUGGUGUAGAUGCGCCAAUGUUACCAAGGUUGUGAUCAAUUUCUCUAAGUACCUCAUCAAAAGUACUAAACACGUGUCUCCUUGUGACGAUGGUUAUAUAUAUAUUCCAGUUGCCUUUAUGGGAAUGCUUUAUCUCGUAUACCUUGUGGAGUGUUACCAUUCCCCGAUUAGAAUCGAUCUGUCCCACGCGGAGAGCCAAGACUGUGUACUCAUGAAAUUAAAUCAACUGAGGCUGGUACAACCUACUAUCUGGUGGAAGGCCGUUUCCUAUCAUUAUGUACGUAGGAAACGGCAAAUCACCCGAUAUAGAAACGGAGACAAUUAUACGACAACUCAGGUUUACUACGAAAGAGUUAACACUCACGCAGCAACUUCCUUUUAUUACUACGAUUAUUGUGGGGUGAAGGAUAUCAGCAAGGAACUGGUACCCGAUCAAAAAGUACCUAUCACGAAAAUUGCAUUGACCAAGGGCUUCGCUUUUUCAAACAUGAGAUCCGCGACUGAGUUCGAGGAAGCCAGGUCAAGGUUCUUCGCUGAACAAGAAUUAAGGGAUGAUUAUAUGGAAAUGAGAGAAGGUUUGGAACUUGGUUGUAAUCUAAAUCCCACCACUUUAGUAGCCGUCCUUGGUAAACCAUGGUUUACCAAUCGUUACGUUUAUUGGUGCCUUAGUGCUCUCCUACUUAGUUGGCCCUUGAGAGUAAUCAUAGAGUACAAUACGCAAUACGCCGACUAUCAGGUGACUAAAUUAUUUGGAGUGAACUAUGAUACUCCGAUAGGUGCUGAACCAAUACGCACUUCCACCAGUCAAUUGAGUCAGCCAGGAUCCUAUAUGUUAGCACCAAGUUAUAGCGAAGCACUUUUAAUGGAACCGGCUGCACAAUCUAACGUAGAAAAUCGACAGAUCGAAACAGAAUCAGUAAUCGAAUCCGAGAUCGAUAUGGGAAUAGUUCCUAGUUAUUCGGAAGCUUUACUUUAUGAAAGAGCUGAAUUAGGAUCUAACGUACCUGGAACAUUCUCGUCAUCGAUUCAACAAGAAAGAAAAGAUCUCAGAGUUGAAAUCGAACCAACGUGCCAAUGUCCUUGUCAUAAGAUUUCUAACGAGUUAGAAAAUGUACAACAAACAAAUCUAAUCGCCGAUCAAGUAGAAAAUCGUGACUCUAAUUACGUUACUUUGGAUUCUACCUGUGCUGCUAGCAGUAGUAGUAGUUCGACGUGCCAUAACGAUAUUUCAAACGAUAUAGAAUUUGUAUCAUGUUCGUGCAGUCAGCAAAGUCCAUACACGUGUUCCAAUAUUUUGGACAAAUCUAAUAAUGUUAAUGAUGUAAAUUAUAAUAAUGGUAGAACUAUGAAAAAAUUAGUUCGUCCUUCGCGAAAAUUUAAACGAGAUAUUUCCGAGCCAAACUUGCGUUUACGUUCGGAAGUAGGUCAAGAAGGAAAUUCUUCUUCUUCUACUUCGAAAACAAGUUAUAAAAGUUUUGAGAAUAUUUUAGAAGAAGAUACUACUACGAGUUCGUGGAAUAAUGUUUCUAGAACGAAAUUGGAUAAUCCUAGAAAUCAUUUUCAAACGGUUAUAGAUGAAGAAAUUCCGCCUACUAUAACGAACGAAUCUAUUGAUAACAAUGUUAAUCGUGAAUCAAAUAAUGCUGAAUCGAAAGGUGCAAUACCAAAAAGAUUUGUUGAACAACAACAGAGUACGUCGCGUUGCAGGGUGACCGUGAAUCCAAGGUCUGACGAAGUUCGUAGAAAAAUACCGGUAUCUAGGACUUACUUCUGUUUGAAAUCGAUACUCAAACAAAACAAACGUCGAUAUACUUUAAUGACUACCGCACAGGAAUUAGAACACGUUGAGGAUUGGGAAACCGUAAGAUUGGAUAGAAGUUUUGAGGAACUUCGAUCAGACAAUUCGCAUUUAGAAUGUGAUAGAAGAAAUAGUGAAAGCCCUCAGAUCGUUGGGUCUAACGAAGAAAAAGGUCGCACCACCUGUUUGUCGCGUGAGAAUUUAAAUAAAGAUAAAGAACAUCUACAAAAUUCUACCAUUGGGAAAGAUAAAUCAUCACCCACCGAACAAAAAUACGAUUAUUCAAGAACACUAAUCUUUGCUAGCCCGAUUCAAGAAGUAUGUCCUGACGAUCCGUUCGGUGGUAAGAACGUGGUACCAACAACGAGAAAUCAAAGUUAUCAUAGCGAAGAAAAUUCAUCUUCAAACGUUCCAAUGUUAGUUAAACUUAGACGAUCGUUCACCGAACGAGAGGGUAUACAUAGACGUCACAGGGACAUACGUAAAAUUCACAGGCGUCGUACUUUUGCCGUCGACGCUGAUUAUUCGUUUCCGUUGGUCGAACCUGAGAAUUACGAGUCAUCAACAACAACUACUAGUGGAAACGUAUACGUGCCUGGUUACAAAAAUGGGGUAUCUUUUCCACCCUAUGAUGGUUUCAACAACGUCGACAGAAGAACAACGUUGAACAUAACUCAACCAAUCGUAUUGAAAAAUGAUAUUCGUCCUACAAGCAACACCGAAGGAUCAUCUUCUUUCGUAGUAAAAGAACAUUUUAAUGACGACGACGACGACGAUGAUGAUGGUGAUCGAGAAAACGAUGAAGCUUCCGGUUGGUCGAUUGAAAAUAAUAUUCCAUCAAUGAAAAACAAUCCUAGUACAUUGACGAGAUCAUUAACCGAACGAAGAAAUAAUACUAAGGAUUCUCGUCGUAGUUCAAAUUUACGAAGAAGCUUUACUGGUAGAGUAGACACAAUUAAUUGCAAAUCGAUUAAUGGUAAACGUACCAACCUUAACAUGGAAACCUCGUUGUAACAUGUCAAUACGAUUAGCUCCUUUUGUACUACGCGCUACGUUCACAUAUACAUACUAUAAGGUUGAAGGAGGAGGAUGGGGCCUUCUUUAAACAGUAGAAUAUAUAGUAACUAACAAUUGUUCUUCAAGAUUGUCCGAGUUUUUUCUUCGAACGUUCGAUUUUUAAGCAGAUAUUAACAAUACAAAUGCACGAUCGUAUUUUGGAAAAUGAAAGAAAAAGAAGAACUUAUUCCGUCUUUUUAAUGUGCUAAGUUUGAAGAUAACGUAAUAUACGCUUCUCGAUUUGCAAUGCGAUUAGGUGAAUAUUAAUUGUUAGAUAGGGAAAUGGUCUUCUAAUUCGAGAUAAUCAAUGAGAUAUUAACUCGAGUAUAGAUUUUUUGUACAUGUAAAAAAUGGGAGUCAAGUGCAUUGGCGAUACGUAAAAGUAACGCUGUUGUUUUGCUAAUAUUGUUGUUGCAAAAGGUCAAAUGUAACGUUGAUAUUAGGGUCAAUUCAAAGUUCCUGCGUUUUUUCUUUUUUUUUUUUUUUCAAUCAACAUUAUGCAGUUUGCAAAACAAUCAAAACGCAUGGAACUUUUGGUUUUCACCUUAAUAUAAAAAUAAACGCUAUUAUAAUUAUCUAAGAGAUACGAAUGAAUAAUCGAGCGUGCGUAUUUUGGAAAUAGUGUGCUUUUUGAAAUAUUAGCUAGGAUAUACAAAAUGCAAAUGCGUCGAGUGUCAAUUAUACGCGCGCACAGAGAAUAAUACCGUAUAUAGUCAUUGGCUUUAUUGGCAUUUCAAUUAGGAACAAUAUAUAGUGCAUCAUUGAUCACAUACAUCAUCACAUGGCACAAGUUAAUUAACUCGUAAUCGAUUAAUUAAUGACAAUUAACAUUUAAAUUACCGUCCUAAAUCUUUCUUGAAUACAUGUAUUUAAUUGAAACAUACACACACGCACGUAAAAAGGGCUCCCCUUCGAAAGUGUCCUCGAAUUUGGUUCUUUUACUUUUUCAUUUCUAAGAACGAACGAUAAUUUUUAAAGGUUCAUUUUUAUAUAUACUUUCGUAAGUUACUGUACACACGUCAUCCCAUUUUAGAUAUUGAUUAUCGAUAAAGUCUUUUAUAAACACUUCGCAUCAAAUUAACAUCAUAAUCUCGUUUGUUAUUUUCUACGAAAUAUAUAACAUGACUAUAUUCAAUGUUUUUUUUUAAUAGGUAAUUACACUUGAGUACACUUUCAAAGAGGAGGAAAAAAAUAAUAUCUUUCACUUAAUAUUCAUAACAUUAACGAUUAAUUAUUAUUUAACAUUUUGUUAUCGAAUUGCGUUUAUCAGAUAAAUUUAUUUUAAUAACAUUUUGAUCAAUCGAUCCGAUGCGCGACGAGAACAAACAUUUCUUCGAUAAAGUACACACCAUAUAUUAUUGUGAUUUUAGUUUAGCAAGAAGAAAAAAAAAAAGAACAAAAAUAAUCCUAUGUACGCGAGCCGUAAAAUAAGUUAUUUUUUCUACCGAUAUAAGCGAUACAUUAUUAUUAUAAUAUUCGUCGUUGAAAAGGAUUAAUCGCCGAUGAUAUUUAAAAAAAAAAAAAGGGG